AUGGUGGAUUACUCAGCUUUCCAAAACCUUCUAGUCCAGCUGCAAAGCUCCGACAAUGAAGUCCGAACACAAGCCGAGGCUGCGUACGAUGGCAUACUGGCGUCCACUCGCUUCAGUUUUCUCUUGCAAACCAUCAGCGACAAGAAUGUUUCUGGUCAGUCCCGCCAUAUGGCUGCCAUUCUUGGACGACGUUUGUUGGUGAAUGAUUACACAGUUGCUUUUGAGCAACUACCACCCGAGACAAAGAACGCCGCAAAACAACAGCUUCUUGUAGGUUUGAUCCACGAACCCGAACAGCCAAUGCGCAAAAAGAUGGCUGAUCUUAUUGCAGAGCUAGUCCGAGCCCAAUUCGACGACGAUGGAAAUUCGGAGUGGCCAGAAUUCCUCCCCUUUUUAUUGGAAUGUUCCAACUCCACGGAUAAUGGCUUACGUGAAAUCGCUUGCCACUUGUUUGCUGCUGUUCCAACGGUUUUCGGCAAUCAGCAAGCCUCGAAUCUGCCCUUAAUAGGUCAAUUCCUUGGUCGUGCUAUCGGCGAUCCUGGACACUAUGAGCUCCGAGCGUCUGGAGUGCGAGCACUGACUGCUUUUAUUGUACAAAACGCCACAGAAAAUUCAGCUAUAUCAAGCGCCAUUCAGUCAGAUCCUGAUGAUGAUACCCUAUUAAAGGCUCUGGUGGAUGUCGCGGACGCGGCGCACAAAUAUCUUCGUCCUUAUCUGGCCGCCACCCUGGAUAUCUGCUACAAAAUUCUUCGAAACGAGGAACUUGCUGACCCACAACGCCAUCUAGCACUGGAAGUAAUCAUUACUCUGGCUGAGAACAUUCCUGCUGCGGUCCGAAAAUCCUCCAACGUUAACAUUCCUGCUGCGGUCCGAAAAUCCUCCAACGUUGUGGAGUCUUUGGUUGGUACCCUGCUCAAAAUGAUGACUGAAAUGGAUGAAGAAAGUGAUUGGAACGAGGCAGACACUAUGGAAGAGGAAGAUGAUAGCAGUAACGCCCUCACAGCUGAAGUUGCUUUAGACAGACUGUCGUGUGCCAUGGGCGGCCAGCAUGUCCUCAACGAAAUCAUCCGCACAGUGCCCGGAAUGCUUCAAAAUGCUGAUUGGAAGCAGCGAUAUGCUGGUCUGAUGGCCAUUUCCGCUUGCAGUGAAGGCAGCAGUAAACUAAUGGAGACGAUGCUUGGAUCUGUUCUCGAGGCUGUCGUUCCCCGUCUUGCUGAUCCCCAUCCUCGUGUCCGCUAUGCUGCUUGCAAUUCGGUCGGUCAGAUGGCUUCUGAUUUCGGACCGAAAUUGCAAAAGGCUCACCACACUCUUGUUCUACCAGCCCUUGUCCAGGUGCUUGACGAUGCGGUUCCCCGUGUACAAGCCAAUGCCGGAGCCGCUUUGGUCAACUUUUGCGAGAAAGUUCCUCAGCAUAUUCUCGUGAAUUACCUGGAUGGUCUGGUCAACAAGCUGGAGCAGAUAAUGAACUCCAAAUUCCAGGAAAUGGUUCAACAUGGGCGGAAAUUGGUACUGACUCAGAUUGUCACUACCGUCGCGUCUGUCGCCGAUGCUUCAGAAAAAAAAUUCUUACCAUACUAUGAUCGGUUCAUGCCCAUUCUAAAGUACAUAAUGGAGAACGCUGUUCACAAAGACCUCCGUUUGUUGCGUGGGAAAACCAUUGAAUGUAUCAGUCUUAUCGGACUUGCUGUUGGCAAAGAGAAAUUCAUUCAUGAUGUGGGCCCCGUCAUGAACCUCUUGAUGGCUACUCAGAUUCAGAACGAUACGGAUGCCGCGGGUGAUGACGAUGAUCCUCAGGCCUCCUACAUGAUCAGCGCUUGGGCUCGAAUUUGUAAGCUUCUCGGCCGAGACUUCGAAAGUUACCUGCCCGUGGUUAUGCCUCAAGUAUUGAAGUCAGCUUGUAUCAAGCCGGAAAUUUGUAUUUUGGACAACGACGAGGCUGAUACGGUUGAGUCCGAUGUUGACUGGCAGGUGGUAAAGCUUGGCGAGGACCGCAACUACGCGAUCCGUACGAGUGGUCUGGAAGACAAGGCAACGGCUUGUCAGAUGCUCGUCUGCUAUGCUCGGGAAAUGAAGGAAAGUUUCGCACCCUACUGUCAACAAGUGCUCGAAAUAAUGGUCCCUCUUCUGGAUUUCUAUUUUAAUGACGAAGUGCGGAGUGCGGCAGCAGAAUGUCUCCCUUACCUUUUGGGAAGUCUUAAGGCACGACAACCAGAUGCAGUUGUCCAAGCGUGGACACGUGUACACAAAAGCCUUCUGCGUGCUGUCACAAACGAGCCGGAACGUGAUGUUGUGGCUGAUCACCUGUUGUCGUUAGCUGGUUGCAUAGAAGCCGUGGGCAAAACGUAUAUAACCAACGAACAGCUCACUGAAAUUCGGGGCCUUCUGGAUCACCUGUUCCACGAACAUUUUGAGAAGAGCGAUGAACGUCUGGCCAAGAGGCAGGAUGAAGACUACGACGAAAUUGAAGAGGAACGCCUGCUGACCGAAAAGGAUGAAGAUGAAUAUGUUUUGUCCAAAAUGUGUGAUGUUGUUCAUGCCGUAUUCGUCGUAUUUGGCCAAGAAGCUCUUCCUUUCUUCCAACAAUUGCUUGUUUUCUGUGUCAAACUUCUUGAACCCAACCGACCAUGGUCUGAUCUCCAGUGGGGUAUUUGCUUGUGGGACGAUGUGAUUGAAUUUGGUGGUACACAAAGUUGGCAAUAUCACCAGUUCUUCUUACCCACAUUCGUCCAAGCGGUGCAGCAUCAACAGCCAGAUGUGCGGCAAGCUGCGAUUUACGGUAUCGGUGUCGCUGCAAUCAAUGGUGGACCAGAAUACAAUACCAUUCUUCCUGAUUUUGUUGCUCCCCUGAUCCAGAUUAUUGAGGCUCCGGACUCCAAAUCUGAGGAUAAUAACCUAUGUACGGAGAAUGCAAUCAGCACACUUACAAAAAUCAUGAAGUACCGGCCUGACUGCCUCCCACCGUCUGUCGGUGGAGUAGAUACUCUUUUGCCUCGAUGGCUUGAUUGGCUACCGGUCUGGGACGACGCCGUUGAAACGGAACACGUAUACGGUUACUUAUGUGAUCUCAUCGAAGCCAACAAUAGCAUAAUUCUUGGUCCGGACAACGCGAAUUUACCACGCAUCGUGAAGGCCAUUGCGGAAGCUAUGUCCACUGGUGGUCUUUCCGACGCCACGGAGGACAGUAAACCAAAAUCUGUCCCUGCCUCCGGUGACCACCCGCAACAAAAUGGUUUCCCACCUGAUCAGAAAUUGUCCGCUUAUCAACGAUGUGUAUACAUCCUUCGGCAUAUACAGUCCAAUUCAUCCCUCGUCGAGGCCUGCGUCAGUCAACUGAAUGAUGAACAACGCAAAGCGGUCAGCGUGGCUCUGAUGAACAAGUAGCAAAACAUCACUCUAACAUCGUCCAUCCUUAUCCCACAUGGAUUUCUAUCGCUUUUCUACCGGAUUCUUUCUCACCACCCGUUCUUAUCCGUUGUCGUUGUUGUUUUGUUCACUCCGCGUGACUAAUUUCCUUUCAAUGGAAUCCACCCCUCUUUGCCUGUCGCCCAAUGAUUGCAAACCAUGUACAUUAUCACCCCUUCUCCAUCCCCUUUCGACCUCCUCUGACAAAGCUAUUAACUCACGCUGGUUUCCUUUGUCCCGCCCCCUCCAUUGCUUGAUUUCACCACCGAGGAAACCGAAAUGGAACUGCACCAAAUUCGGUGAUGUUCAACGAACUACCCUCACAUACCCUGCCGUAUGCGUGUAUUCCAGAUGAAAACAGUCUGAUCGUCUAGAAAUCGUUUGGUCGUUAUUUUCUCUCAGAGUAUGAAUAAACGUCAC